AUGGCGCCUCGGAACGUGUUGCCGUUGCACAAGAAGGAUACCGAAUCAUCGCCCAGCGAGCCAACGAAAAGCGAAGACACAUCAAGACGUCAGCAUCGCCAUCUCCACCACCACCAUGCACACAGAAGGCACACUUGGAUCACGAACAAAUGGCGAAACGAAUUGGUUGCCAUGGUCGCUGAGUUUGCAGGAACCUUCAUGUUCCUCUUUUUUGCCUUUGGUGGGACUUCUGUUGCCAAUACGGCUGCGACAUUCAGUGAUGCAGCCACCGCUGGCCAGCAAUCAAAUAGUAUUAGUCAAGCGCCAAAUACAGGUGUGCUGUUGUACAUCAGUUUGAUCUUCGGAUUCAGCUUGAUGGUCAACGUGUGGGUCUUCUUUCGAGUUAGUGGAGGAUUGUUCAACCCGGCUGUCUCACUCGGUCUUUACCUCAUUGGAGCUAUUGGAAUUGUUCGUGCAUCGCUGUGUUUCAUCGCACAAAUGCUCGCGGGAAUCUGCGCUGCUGCUGUAGUGCAGGCUAUAUUACCUGGGCCUCUCAAUGUUUCAACAACACUCGGUGCGGGUGUUUCAGCGGCGCGUGCCCGUAUCAUGCUCGCAGCCGAGAAGCACAAAGCCACCUUCCUCGCCCCCGUAGGCAUCGGCCUAGCCCUCUUCGUCGCCGAACUCGUCGGCGUCUUCUUCACCGGAGGCAGCCUAAAUCCCGCCCGCAGCUUCGGACCCUGCGUCGUCACCCUCAACUUCCCCAGCUACCACUACAUCUACUGGUUCGGGCCGAUCAUGGGCACCCUCCUCGCAUUCGCCAUGUACAAGAUUGUCACCCUCGUCGAAUACCAAACCAUCAACCCCGGCCAGGACUUUGACGACCACGAGGCCGCCCUCUUCAAACCCCCAGAGGACCCCGGUUUCGCUGCCGAAGUCGAACGCCCCAACGUCGCGGCCGUGGCUAUGCAACAGGCGCUCAAGCACGUCGCUAGCUUCUCCAACGAGCCUGCCUCGUCCUCGGGAGAACAGGCCCAGGGUAUCGAAGAGGUUAUUACGCAGGAUAAACACUCGACGCAUGGCGAGUCGCGCGAUAACACGCCCUCGCGCGAUACAAUGGCCAGUUGGACCGACGGCAAAAUGUCGCAAGACCUGCAGAGAGACGUCCUUGACCGAAAGGCUAGUCCUGGGGACUCUGGCCAUUGA